GUUCUCAGCUGGACGGACGGUUGGUUCUAUGAUUAUGGGAUGGCUUGUUCGAACGUUCGGACUGUAAAAGAGGAGCAGGGAACCAUGGCAACCGGGAGGGGAUUAUUAUGAUUUACGUUAGAGCUGAUUGAUUGACGGCCAGACACGUUUUUCUGUUUCCUGCACAGGUGUGCAGCUCCCAGCAUGUCCUCCUCUUCCUCCUCCUCUUCCUGUCCCUCUUCCUCCUCCUCUUCCUCCUCGCUGCCCUACUUCUGCCCUCGCUGUGGCGAUGGUUUUCGUUUCUCGUCGGUACCCGAGCUCCGGGCUCACCUGGUCAGCCGACACACCUACGAGACCCUGCUGGUGCUGUCACAGGCUCGUGUCCGGAGCUCCAGAGCCGGCGUCCUGCUCCCCCUCCACGGACCCGUCAUCUCGCAGAAACAGAGCUCCUCUCUGGGCCUCUCCCUGCAGCUGGACUUGGCCUCCUCCUCCUCGACCUCCGUCCAUCUGCUCAGGGAGAUGUUCGGGGACGCUCCACCCUCUGCAGGAGCGCCAGAGGACCUCUCCAAAGCGCUGGCUCUCCCUGGGUCUGUGGAGAUACGAGAGGUGGGCGUCCUGAACCUGCAGGUCCUGGACAUCGGGCUGGAGGAGCGUCUGGGGCUCGGUCUGGAUCUUAAAAUCGGACGGAUGUUUGCGGAGGUGGAGGAGCGGGUCAACCGACGAGUGUUUCGACUGAAGGCGGAGCUUCAGAGGAGGGAGGCGGAGCUAGAGAAAGAGAGGCGGGGCCGGGAGCGGCUGAAGAGCCAGAAACAGGAAGUGGAGGAGAAAGCAGCAUACCUGUCCCGACAGGUCUCUGCUGCGGCGGAGAUGAUGGAGCGCCUGAAGAAAGAUCUGGAAGGAAAAGACAAAGAGCUGAACGAACGACAACAGGAGAUGGAGGACAUCGAGUCUUUUCUGAGGGAAACUGCAGAGAAAGAGGCAGAGGCAAAGUCCAGACUACAGGUUUUCAUCGAGGCGCUGCUGGAGCGCGCUGACCGUGCAGAGCGACAGUUGCUGCUGCUCAGCUCACACACACAUCUGUACACACACACUGAACCGUACACACACCCCUACAUACACACACAUGGACACACACCUGCAGUCGGGUGGGGGGGCCGCAGUCUGGACGCCAGCACCGAGGACGUCCUGGCAGACAAGAUGCAGGGUAGCAUCGGAAACCGGAGGAGCUACAGUGUGUCGGGCUCCUGCAGGCUGGGGGAGCAGCUGUACAGCCAACAUCCCUACAGUGGUGUGUCCGGUCUGAUGCGGACCUCGUCUCUGGGUUCGGGGGGGUGGGAUGAAGAGGGAGGUCUGGUCCACCUCCAACACUACGCUCCACCCUGGACCCGAAGAGAGAGACGGACGGUGCAGGAGGGAGGAUGUCAGAGGACGUGGAGCAAAAGAAACUGUCGCCAAUACAGCACCGAAGAAGAAGAAGAGGAGGAGGAGGAUGAUGAUGAUGAUGAUGAUGAUGAAGAAAUAGACGAGGAAGGAUUCUGGAGCAGCGCUGAGAUCAGGAGGCUUGUUUUCGUCCAGAAGAACACACCUGGCUCAGAUGCCUCCCCCUCCCCUGCCCGUCCUCGCCUGGCGGACACGUUGCGUCUGAGGGCGGGGCUCUUCUGCGUGUUUCCAUAUUUGGACGUGCGCUCGUUGCUGUGCGCCGCCGAGGUCUGCUCCGAUUGGCUGUUUGUUGCUAGGCACCCGGCCGUUUGGACACGCCUCCGGCUUGAAAAUGCCAGGGUGUCGGCGGAGUUCCUGACCACUCUUUCUCAGUGGUGCACUCAAACCCAGUCCGUGGUUCUACACAACCUCAAGCCUCGGAGCAGACGAGCCGACGAGACGCGGGAGGAUUACCACAAAAACACACGAGGCGUUGUGGAACCCGGGGUGGAGGUCCUGCUCCGGUCGGCGGGCGGCAGUCUGCUGCACCUGUCUGUCUCUCAGUGUCCUCACAUCCUCACUGACCGGACGCUGUGGUUGGCCAGCUGCUACAGCAGGAACCUGAACACACUCACAUACAGGAGCUCUUCAGAUCCUCUGGGUCACGAGGUUCUCUGGGCCCUGGGCGCAGGCUGCAGGAACAUCAGCAGCCUGCAGGUUGCGCCAGCCCACCCCUGUCAACAGCCCACUCGUUUUGGAAACCGCUGCCUGCAGACGAUUGGUCGAUGCUGGCCCCGCCUCCAGUACCUCAGUGUGGGCGGGGCCGGCUGUGGGACGCAGGGAUUGGUCGCUUUGGUGCAUAGCUGUACUCACCUGCAGGUGUUGGAGUUAGAGCGUGUUUCCGACCUCGGCCUGCAGGCGGCGACGGCGCUGUGUGAGGCCGGACUGAAGAGCGUACACACACUGAUCCUCACACACACUCCUGUCAGCGGCCAGGCCCUCCUGCACUUCCACAGUGUGUGUGAGAACAUCAGGUCCAUGGUGGUGGAGGUGUCGGUGUCGGAUUACUUUGAGGAGUCUGACUCUCAGGAGGCUCAGCAUCUGUUCGGAGAGAUCUCAAACACCCUGAAGGUUCUUCAGAAGCGUCCCGGCCUGUGUGACAUCCUGCAGGUUAAAACAGGAUGAUCCUGCUCACACACACACACACACACACACACACACACACACACACACACACACACACACACACACACACACACACACACACACACACACAUACACACACUAAGAGAACCUGAACUAAACCCUUAACUUUGUUAUUUCUUGCACUGUAGAGAGAAAACCCCUCAGUCUUCCUUUAGCAAUUUUAUUUUUCAUGAACAAAACUGAAAAAUCUCUUGUAUUUUUACUCUAUUUUUGACAAAAACCUGAACCUUAGUAAAGCCUUUUUUCCAUCCUAAGAAAUACAAUUAAUUCUCAAACUCUUUUUCUUACUAAUGAAGCUGAAUGUCCACCUCUUCAUCAGCUUUAUUCCCCUUAAAAUAACAGUUUCCUCCUUUUAAUAAACUCCUCAUUAUUAGAAGCCAUGGACCAAUGCUUAGCGGUAAGUACUUCUGGAACAUAUAACCCCUGGACUGAAGUCUCAGAAACCCUUUAUUCUUCCCUUAAGAUGUAUUUAAGCCCUUAUCCUGUAGCGUUACACUGAAAAAAAGCACAAUAACACAAAUAUAUUUGCACCAAAGACAUUCAGAUGUUUUUGUGACUUUAAUCCAUUGUGUGUUUUAACAUCUUUAUGUAACUGAAAGCUGCUAUGUGUCGUUUCAACGCCAGAAAUAAAUGUUCUCUUCCCACUUUUGGACAAUCUUGUGGCAUUAUUGAGCCGAUGAGUUUUCUAUGCCGGAUAUACGGAGUCCUGGGAGGGUCUUUAAGAUAAUAUAUAUGUGAAAAAUAAAUAAAAAGGAAACAGCUAAAUAAUAAAUAUGUCAAUACAAAUUAUAAUUGGGAAAAACAACAAUAAUAAAUCUAAAAUGUAAAACAUUUAAAACAAAACGUUUUUUAGUAAAAAACUGAAAAAGAAAGAAGGGUACAUUGUCAGAAAUAAUCAAUAUUUUCCCCCCAAAACUAUUUAUAUUUACACAUUUAUUGAUUAUUCUCAAACAGAUUUAAUCUUUUAUUUAUGGCCCUGUACGACCCCACAGCUAACUGACCACACAUUGGCCUGUCUG